CAUGUCUGAUAUCGAUAUUACUUCUCAAGAGAAUACUCUCGAACUCCCUAAAUUUGAGGAAAGUCUCCCAGAUAUUAAACCUGAACCUCGCAAAGAUUUAAAGUAUGAAAUUAAACAUGAACCAAAACCUUCAUUUGGUUAAUCCUCAAAAGACCUAAUUGAAUAAUACAAGAGUAAAUUUAAUGCCUUCAAAUAAUUGGCUGAGGAUUAAUAACCUUUAGCAAUGGAACCAUCUGUUAUUGAAAAGUCAGAAAAAUCUGAUAUUUGGAGGAGUGAUGCUGAAAUACUCAAAUCUCCUAAAGAAUGGGAUUGGAAUAUUUUGGGAUCCAAAAAAGCUUCUACAACCAGUAAUCAAAUUCAAUUUGAUACUCAUGUACCAGAUCCAAUUGCUAGUGAAUAAGAACAUAAAGCUUAAAUUGCUUAACAUAGAUAAAUGAUUUUAGGUGUAUUAGAUCAAAGAGUUGAACCUGGUUUGAAAUUGCCUUCAUCUCAUUAACCUUCAAAACCUGUUGUUAAUGAGUAACAUUCCAAUUAUUAAAAUAUUUUGGAAAAAUUUAGAAGUGCUUCCUCCUUAGAUGAUUUAAACUUAUUCUUUAAUACAGUAUAAUAAAGAAAAGUGGUUGAAUAAGCUGCCCCUCAAUAAUAAUUAGAGGAUGCAUUCACUAAUAUUGAUAUUAGAAGAAAUAAAAAGGCUGAAACCCAAAUUUAAUAAUACAAAACACCAAGUAAAUCAUAAGAAGAAAUAUUUGAAUAUGGUUCAGGAAAUAGAACAACUUCAUUCUUUUAAAAGAAACCUUCAGCCUAAAAGUAAUUAUUGUAAAGUCCAAAUUUGGGUAAUCAAUUUAACUAUAGACCUGAUUAAUCAGUAACUUCUAAGGUGACUUAGAAUAUGAACUUUUAAGUUGAAGUUAAAGAUCAUAGUAAAACUAAUAAGAGAAAAGAAGAACUCUAAAGUUUCAUGGGUAAAUUAGGUUUAGGUAAAUAUGAUACUCCAAAAGUAGUGAUUAAUUUGGAUAGUAAUACUUAAAGUAGUAAGUUAUUUAUAAAUAUAUUUGAAGAUUCCACAAUAGAUAGAAUGAGACAGUAUGUAAAUGGAACUCCAAUGAGUGCAAGAAAGAAUGGAGGAGGUUUAAGUGAUUUGAUAAAUGAGAGAUCUUUGAAUACUACAACAUUUAAAUAGUAAAUAAAAUCAUAUCACAAAUCUGGAUCAAAACCAGAUUAAACAGGAAGAUUGAGUGCAGACAAUUAAAAUUUGUCAGAAUAAUCACUUAAAAAUUUACAUCUAAAAUUAGUACAUUAAUAGAAAAAUGGAAUAGGAAAUUCUGGAUUAAAAUAUGCAAGAUGUUGA